ACCCGCCUUUUUCCUUCUUCACUCUCUUCCAGUAGCAACUAGCAAGUCCUCCGAAAAGCAUCAAAACACCAUUUUCCCUCCCUUUUACAAACUCAAAAAUCAUCAUCAUCUUCUUCUCUCUACUGAAAAAAUUGCUCUGAAUAACGAUCAAAUAGCAACCAGCAGUGAUUGCUUUCUCUAAUUCCACUGUCUAAAUUAAGAUUGAGUAACUUUCAUGGCUCCAUUAUAUAUUACAGUGCUCGCAACACAUAUAUAAAGUUUCCUCAGUCAAAAAAUAUAUAUAGAGCUUUAAGAGAAGAUGAGUACGGUUGAUAAGAUGCUGAUAAAAGGAAUCCGGAGUUUCGAUCCGGAGAACAAAAACGUUGUUACCUUCUUCAAGCCCUUAACCCUAAUCGUUGGCCCAAACGGCGCUGGCAAAACCACGAUUAUAGAGUGUUUAAAGCUUUCUUGCACGGGAGAACUGCCGCCAAAUGCGAGGUCUGGCCAUAGUUUUAUUCACGAUCCAAAGGUUGCAGGGGAAACAGAGACAAAAGGGCAAAUUAAGCUACGGUUCAAGACUGCAGCUGGGAAAGAUGUCGUAUGCAUAAGGUCAUUCCAGCUAACUCAGAAAGCAUCAAAAAUGGAGUACAAGGCAAUUGAAAGUGUGCUUCAAACUAUAAAUCCACAUACUGGAGAGAAAGUUUGCCUCAGCUAUAGAUGUGCUGACAUGGACCGAGAAAUCCCUGCUUUAAUGGGUGUCUCAAAGGCCAUUCUGGAGAAUGUUAUAUUUGUUCACCAAGAUGAAGCUAACUGGCCGUUGCAGGAUCCUUCCACAUUAAAAAAGAAGUUUGAUGAUAUCUUCUCUGCCACUCGAUAUACAAAAGCCUUAGAGGUCAUUAAAAAACUUCACAAGGAUCAAGCUCAAGAGAUAAAGACAUACAAACUAAAGUUGGAGAAUCUUCAAACCUUAAAGGACUCUGCAUAUAAGCUUCGGGAAAACAUUGUUCAAGAUGAAGAGAGAACUGAGUCUUUAAAAGUCCAAAUGCAAGAUUUAGAAAAUAAAGUUCAGAAUGUUGAUGCAAAAAUUCAUCAAAUUGAAACCACUCUGAAAGAUCUUAGAAAGCUACAGGAGCAGGUAUCAACAAAAACCGCUGAAAGGAGAACUUGGUUUGAGCAGCAGCAGAGGCAAUAUGAAGCUCUUGAAGAGGAAAAUGAAGACACUGAUGAAGAGAUGAUUGAAUGGAAAACAAAGUUUGAUGAAAAGAUUGCAUCAUUGGAAUCUAAAGUUAGAAAGUUGGAGAGGGAAAUGAAUGACAUGGAGACAAAAAGUUCUUUUCUGAAGCAGAGCAUUACUGAGUAUACCCAAGAGAAUUUCAGGCUUCAGACAGAAGCUGACGCUCACAUUUCGCUGAAGAAUGAAAGGGAUUCUACCAUCCAAAAACUUUAUGCAAAACAUAAUUUAGGGUCUCUUCCACAUGCCCCUUUCAGCGAUGAUGUUGCUUUGAACCUCACAAAUAGACUAAAAUCAAGGUUAAUAGAUCUCGAGAAGGAUUUAAAAGAUAAAAAGACAUCAAACAACAAUGAAGUUAAGACGGCAGAGGAUCACUAUUGGGAUGCAAAUGACCGUUGGAAAAACAUUGAGGCCCAAAAGCAUGCUAAACUGGAGAUAAAGAAUGGCAUUAUGAAUCGCAUUACAGAGAAGGAACUUGAGCAUGCUUCAUUUGAAGAAAAAGUUGUUCAUGUUAACCUUUCUCAUCUGGAUGAAAAAGAAAAGAACUUGAAACUUGAAGUUGAGAGAAAGACAAACCAGCUUGCUGAAAGAGAUUUUGAAUCAAACAUUCUUCGAAAGGAAAGUGAGCGAUAUGGCAUAGAGCAACAGAUUAAGGCAGUUGAACGGGAGAGAGAAAUCUUGGCUCGAGACUCCGAGGACAGAGUCAAACUGAACCUGAAGAAGGAAGAGUUGGAGAAUAUCAAGAAGAAGCAUAGGAAAAUAAUUGAUGAGUGGAAGGACAGAAUCAAAGGAGUGCUAAAGGGGAGACUUCCUGCUGAUAAGGAUAUGAAGAAGGAAAUUAUUCAAGCCCAAAGGGCUCUUGGAACAGAAUAUGAUGACUUGAAUUCAAAAUCUAGAGAAGCUGAGAAGGAAGUAAAUGUGUUGCAGAUGAAAAUACAAGAAGCUAAUAAUAACCUGUCCAAACUUCGCAAGGAUAUGGAUUCAAGGAAGAGAUUUAUUGAAUCCAAACUCCAGUUCUUGGAUCAACAAUCAGUUACCAUUGAUUUGUACCUCAAAGUUUUGGACUCUGCAAAGGAGAAAAAAGAUGUCCAGAAAAGCAAGUACAAUAUUGCAGAUGGUAUGCGGCAGAUGUUUGAUCCUUUUGAAAGAGUUGCCCGUGCUCAUCACAUGUGCCCUUGCUGUGAGCGUCCUUUCUCUGUUGAAGAGGAAGAUGAAUUUGUUAAAAAGCAAAGAGUGAAGGCUGCAAGUUCUGCUGAGCACAUGAAAGUGUUGGCUGUAGAGUCCUCAAAUGCAGAUUCUUAUUUUCAGCAGCUGGACAAGCUCCGUAUGGUUUAUGAGGAAUACAUCAAAAUUGGCAAGGAAACAAUUCCUUCUGCAGAAAAAAAUUUGCAAGCACUUACCGAGGAGUUGGACCAGAAGUCUCAAGCCCUUGACGAUGUAUUGGGUGUUUUAGCUCAAAUAAAGGCUGAGAAGGACUCAGUUGAGGCCCUGGUACAGCCUAUUGAAACUGCUGAUAGGCUUUAUCAAGAAAUUCAAACCUUGCAAGUAUUUGUUGAUGAUUUGGAGUACAAGCUUGACUUUCGAGGGCAAGGCAUCAGAUCUACAGAAGAAAUUCAGUCAGAACUUAGCAGUUUGCAGGACAAAAGGGAUGCUUUGCGUACUGAACUGGAAAAGUUAAGGGAUGAACAAAGAUACAUGGAAAAUGAUCUGUCCAACAUUCAAUUGCGAUGGCAUUCUCUAAGGGAGGAAAAACUUAAUGUAGCUAACACCUUGAUUAAUGUCAAAAAAGCAGAAGAAGAAUUGGAACGGUUGGUUGAAGAAAAAAAACAAGUUGAGCUUGAUGAGAAGCAUUUGGCAGAGGCUCUUGGCCCUUUAUCUAAGGAGAGAGAAAAAUUACAGAGUUACCUUAGUGAACUGAAAGUCAAACUUGAGCAGGAAUACGAUGAGCAGAAAAAACAAUUAGACAAUUAUCAGUUCGAAGUUGAAGCAUUGCUUAAAAUUAAUUCUAUAAUUAAGGAGUACCGUGACUUAAAAAAAGGGGAGAAAUUUAAGGAGGUUCAAGAAAAACUCUCUCUAUCUCAGUCUCAACUUCAAAUUUGUGAAAAUAGGAGCAAGGAGAUUUUGGCUGAUUUAAACCGAAGUAAAGAGAUUUUGCUGAAACAAGAUUCCAUAAAAAGGAAUAUUGAGGAUAACUUGAAUUACAGGAAGACAAAAGCUGAAGUGGAUAAGCUUACCCAGGAGAUUGAAUCAUUGGAAGAGAGAAUACUGAAUAUUGGUGGGGUUUCUACUGUUGAAGCUGAACUUAUUAGACACUCACAAGAAAGAGAGAGACUUCUUUCAGAGUUAAACAAGUGUCGUGGUACAAUGUCAGUUUACCAGAGCAAUAUUUCAAAGAAUAAGAUUGAUCUUAAACAGUCCCAAUACAAGGACAUUGACAAGCGAUAUUUUGACCAACUAAUUCAGCUUAAGACAACUGAAAUGGCAAACAAGGACCUGGACAGAUACUACAAUGCCCUUGACAAAGCAUUGAUGCGCUUCCAUACAAUGAAAAUGGAAGAAAUAAAUAAAAUCAUAAGGGAAUUGUGGCAACAAACAUACAGAGGACAAGAUAUAGAUUACAUUAGCAUUCAUUCAGAUUCGGAAGGUGCUGGGACUCGUUCUUACAGCUAUAAGGUUCUAAUGCAGACUGGAGAUGCAGAGCUGGAAAUGAGAGGGCGGUGCAGUGCUGGUCAGAAGGUCCUAGCUUCUCUCAUCAUUCGGUUAGCUUUAGCCGAGACAUUCUGCCUCAACUGUGGAAUACUAGCCCUAGAUGAGCCUACAACAAACUUGGAUGGCCCAAACGCAGAGUCUCUUGCUGCAGCUCUUCUUAGAAUCAUGGAGGAUAGAAAAGGCCAGGAGAAUUUUCAACUUAUUGUAAUUACUCAUGAUGAACGCUUUGCUCAACUAAUUGGUCAACGGCAGCACGCAGAAAGAUAUUAUAGAGUCGCAAAAGAUGAUCAUCAGCAUAGCAUAAUUGAAGCCCAAGAAAUUUUUGAUUGAUAAAUCCCUUCAAGAUGAGGUAGAAGCAUCUUGCGCUCGGGUGGAGAAAGACAUGAAAUUCUUGGUUUCAAAUUGCUUGAUUUCAGUUAUCUGUAUGUAAAUUAAUUGUCAUAUAGCAAUUUUCCCCUCUUAUUAUAUAAUAUUUUGAUUUUCUUAA